GACUAUAACUAUUGAUGAAUUAACAUAUAGGAAGCAUUGUAAUGUUGUUUGUCAGUGUUAUUUUAACUUCUUUAUAAAAUACUGGGUAGUUUAAUCUGAUCAAUGCAUUGGAUUCUAUAAAAUGCCUUUACAGCGAGAAGUGGGCACAGUGAGCACAGCUGAAAGGAGCACCAAAGAGGAGAACAUCUUAACAAGGCUGAGGGUAGGGCAUACCAGACUUAAUAAAACACUGCACUUAAUAAACAAACAUCCCUCAGGAUUAUGUGAACACUGUCAAAUAUAGGAUUCCAUUAUUUUGAAUAAUCUGGCCUGAUCAAAAGAAUUUAGUGUUAAGUGAAAUACGUUUUGUUUGUUUGAUUGUUUAAGGGGUUAGAUAAUUCUGGUCCACAGUCCAACACAGUUGGUGGCGGUAAUGCACCUUAACGCUGUUUGCCACCCGCCAUAAAACGGGAAGAAGAAGAAGAAGAAGGAAAAAAAAAACAAACAAAACAAAACAAAAAACUCCUCAUCAACAACAACAUGUAGCGUUACAUCCGGAAGGCGCGAUUGAAAAACAGUCGUGUAAGUGUUGCCGUCAAAUCGAUGACUAACCUUUUUUUUUUUAAAUCCAUAAGGCCUACAUCAACCCGAGAGGGUUACAGUAGACAUCGGCUCAAAGUAGUCUGGAUAUGACAGUACUUCCUGUUUAGGAAGUGUGGAGACAAUUGAACCACAGUCGGUUUGGGUAAAUCCUGGUAAACUUUUGCCUUAGUUUAUUAGCCGUGGGUAUCCUAAAUUAUUUGGCAAGAUGACACGAACUGAGCACUUUAAAAUGAUCUUUCAAGUUUUCAGAGACGUGGUUCCUGUCCUCACAAGCGGGAUUCUAACAGUGGUUCUUUUAUCAAGUGUUUUGUUUGGUAUCCAAACGUAUUUCAACUUCACCGAGGGGGUCCUCAGUGUUGGUGCCACUGUUUUUCAAAAUGGACACCUCCACAGACUCUUCACGUACCCUUUUUACCACAAAACCUUUGCUCAGCUUCUCCUGAACAUUACAGCCCUGGCGUUUCUCAGUGGCAGUUUGGAGAAAGGUUUUGGCACGGUCCGUUUCCUGGUCUUGUUCUUCGUGCUGUCGACCACCACGGGCUUGUUUUACAGCUUCUUGGACCUUCUGCAGGAGCACAGCAGCCAGAGUCACACCGAGGGGUUGGUUCCUGUGGCCCUGGCAUGUGUGGCUCUAACUACCAUGCACACAAAAAUGACAAAAGGAUUCCUUUGUGGAGUCAGUUUCCCCACCAUGGCUCUCCCCUGGGUGUUCCUCAUAAUCACCACUGCCCUCAUUCCUCACAGUGUGCUCCCCUGUAACGUCAUCGCUGUCCUGGUUGGGUGGAUGCAUGGGAAAGGAUGGUUCUCUCUUCUGGACUUGUCUGAGGUCAGAGCUGGCGGUCUGGAGAAGAUGAUGCCUUUCAGGUUGUUGAGGCGCAUCAGCGGUGUUAUGUUUGUCCCUGCUUCCACAGAAGAGCGGAGGAAGACCCUCCUUCCACAAAUCAAUCCAACACCUGGGUCCUACCCGGUCCAGGCUUACGCUCCAUUGUCCAGCAUUAACACUGCUGACACCAUGGGCAAGUUUUAUGAAGGCUGGCCGAAUUCGACCAGUUCUCUGUCCAGUCCCACACCACCUCUCAAUCCUCAUGGACAUGGCUCAGCACAUAGCUUUGGACUAAGUCAUGGACAUUGUUCAGAGCAGAGUUUUGGCCAAAGCUGCCACCACAACCAUAGUCAUGGUCAACUAUAGUCAUGGUUAUUUAUUUGAUUGCUUUACAACAUUCCCAAUAAGCCUUAUUCUAUCAAUACUACUCUAUUUUUGCAUCUGCAGUGUCUUUUGUCACUGGAUUGUGUCGCCUACAAUGUCAAAUGCUUGGACACAAUGUUAAGCUGAUUUUACAGUAGGCUUCUACAGGAUUUGUGGAGUGUCUGCCUGCCUGUAUAAUUAAAUGUCAUUUCUCUGAAUGUUUAAAUGUUAUGGGCGACUUUUGUACAUACAUUUAAAAUUUUACUUCUUUUGUACAAUUUUCUUCUCAUUUCUACAAAUAAACCAAUGUGUAUAAAUAAAUAAAUAAAUAAAUAACAUAAUAAAUCACUGGUUUAAAUCUCCGAAAAAUUUUAUCGAACUAGUAAAAGGCAAUGUUUUGACCAUACCAGGUCUUCAUCAGGCACAACAAUGGAUAAGGUAUACCUAUAUAUGGGCACAAAACUAAUUACAUCCUGCUGAUGUCAUGGUCAAGUGAUCAAACAAAAAAUAUUCAAUACUUACAAUACAGCCAUCAAGAUAGAUUAACAAAAAUCAAAAUAGUUGCAAAGAAAUGAUAGAAAUCAUGAAAAUUAUAUACACAAAAUAUUUAAAUAUAUUGAAAAACCCUGCAGACAUGCAUUAAGACAAAAAUACCCCCCA